CUAAGAGGGGCUUGACUCGGUGAAGAGGCCAGUAUGGAGCCACCGCGGGAUAUUCAAAAUUGUAAACGCAAUAUAUGCACUAGAUCUACAAUAUCUUCAUGUUCCUCUCUCGCCAUGGAAAUAAAAAGAAAGAAAAUCAGAGAAAGCAUGUUUUUUCCAAACGAGGACUGUGACAUUAAGGAAAAGCUGGACUUUGAGAUGCGAAUGAGAGCAGGGGCUUACAAGCUUCUAGUUGCCAGCACUAAGAAAGAGCAGGUGUUAGACGCAUCUAGGAGUUUGUUAACCUGCAAUGCCCGAAUUAAAGCCUAUAUGAGUGAGGCACAGAAGAGGAAAGAGCACCAGGACACCAGAAGGCCAUCAAACUCUCAGGAUCAAAUUCCUUGUAAGGGGAAGGUUGCCAUAUCUGGCCUGCGAAUUCCAUUAUUUUGGAAAGAUUCAGAACAUUUCAACAGCAAAGGGAGUGCACAGAGGGUGGCGGUCUUCUGUUUGAUGAAGAUUGGCUCAGAGAUUUUUGACACCGAAAUGGUGAUUGCGGACCCAUCAGUGACUGAUAUUUGUUUUGAGGGUGUCAAUAUUUUCUCAGAGGUUAAGCCGGACUUUGAACUAACACUGGAGCUGUAUAGCUGUGGACAAGAGGAGGAGGAGGAGGCAACCUUUGUCAACACUCCAAAAAAACUGGCCAGGAAGUUCCGCUCCUCUUUUGGCAGAUCUUCGAGCAGGAAACUCUGCCCUCUUCUGGAUGGAGGAGACCCAGACACUUUCCUCCAGUCCAACCCGAUUCCACAAGGUGCACGCUACUCAUUGUUGGCAUACACCACAUUGGGUUUAGAGCAUGCGGAGGGCUCUUUCCAGUCUCAUUCUCUCAUAAUCCUGCAGAAUGUGGAAGCUUCAUCAUGGCUGCCACUCUAUGGAAACCUGUGCUGUCAGCUGGUGGCACAGCCUGACUGUAUGACUCAAGAUAUGAUGAGUGGUUACCUGAGCCAACAGCAAAGCAUUGAUGGUUUGCAGCGUUGCUGUAAGCUUUACUGUGUGCUAAAGGCUGGAUGGCUUUCAUGCUAUUACUCUCCUGAGGAGAUUCAGGCUAAAGUGGAGCCCAGUCUCAUUAUCCCCAUAAAUAAGGAUACCCGUAUCCGUGCGCUAGACAAGGACCACCAGAGGUCUGGGUCUAGACUGAGCCUGAUAAACCCUGGAAAAGGAGACUCUGCUAGUCAUGUCUUUAAUGCUGACACACCUGAUGUCUUGCAGGAGUGGUUGGACGCCCUCUGGAAGCACAUAUAUGACCAAAGUCAGUGGCAGCAUACGUGCAACAAGCUCAUGGAAAUUGAAGUUCUUUCACCAAGAAAACCCCCACUCUUUGGCAUGAAGCAAGCUGGCUCUGUUUAUAAUGAUCUGAGCAUUGGAUCCCCUGGGAAAUUUGAGAGCUUGACUGACAUCAUUCACAACAAGAUUGAGGAAACUGAUGGGCGCUUUCUCAUUGGUCAUGAGGAGGACAGACAGCCUCCUCAAUGGGCAGCCCUUUUUGAAGGAUCUCGACCAAUGGUGGUACAAAAAAGUGUGCUGUCACCAGGUAAAGAAAGCAACCAGUCUGUUUCAAGCCCCUCCACGAGCAGCAAAAAGAAGAGGAGAGCCCCUCCACCCCCUUCUGAUAAAUUACCAUUCAUUCAGCCUACCAGCGUCUUAUCCAAUCAGGAGAAAGAGAACUGUAAGGGGGCAAGGCCUCGGACAGGGCGCCCGUCACUGGAUGCUAAAUUCUCUGCCAUCAUUCAGCAGCUUCAGAAAAGCCACGCGUCUUCUCGUAACAACGCACCUCUUGCACGAAUCGAACACCACCAGCACACUUACACUCCCAAAAAGAGGAAUGAGUCAGAAAAUCCUGAGAAAGCAUUCAGUCAGGAUCCUCAGGCACCUGUUCCUGCCCCCAGGAACAAACUGAGGAUGUCAUUCAGAGAGAAGAUGAACCCCAAAGCUUGGUGAAUGAAUGAGGCGUGAGACAUUUAUUUGUCUGCCCUCUCAUGAUUCAUUGAUUCAUUUUGGAAAGGUGAAAUUUCCUUUUUUUUUUUUUUUUUUUUUUGGGCAAAUUAUUCUUUUAAGAAAAACUCCCUUUUUUUAUUAUCUAUCUAUCCAGAUCAAAUUUCAGAAGUAUAUCAGAAUACAGUAAGAGAAUGAACAAAUGGUCUAUCAAGUUUUUCACUUUUAAGACUGAAUGACAGUUCACUUGUGUAUCACGUGUUUAACAAUAGUUGUCUGUAACAACCACUUAUGAUGUAACCACUAACUAAGCACUUUGUGGAUUUUGGCACAUAGGAUUAUGAAAGCACAAACCAGCUGUAGCUGCAUCAUUUCAGUUUAUUUUGCUAACAUGCAACCUUUUCUUUCAUCUCACAGAGUAAUAUAGUUAUAAUAUGAUGUACAUGUUCUACUUUUUGUUACUUAAUACACUAUCUUAAAGUAUCAGUGGGUAAAGAUACACUAGAAACUGGAUGAUCCAUUUUUUUUAUAAAUGUGCUUGAAACUGAAUUUUUUUUUAUGCAGUUGAGAAAUAUUUUAAGUCCAUUUUAAUGUUUUUUUUUUUUUUCUACUUCUUGUUGGACAACUUGGGCUGUGCUGUUCACACACUUAUCCACCAUAUUUGACCAAGUAGUUUAAAAAUCGUUUACAACCAAAUACAAAUUGAGGGACUGUAUAAAAUCUCAAUUUAGGGUAUAAUCUUGUUUCAAUGAUUUCUUUUUAAUAAUGUAUAGUAGAUGAUUGUAAGUUGCACACAUCUGAUGCAUUCCACUAAAUACUAUUGCAUAAUUUUUCAAGAAUAUUCAUAUUGUUAUGGUACGUGUUGUGCAAUACUUUAUGCUUCCACAAUUUGGAACUGUUUAAUGUAUGUUUUUGUAGCUCAGUGUCCAUCUUUUUGAUGUUUUAGUAUAAUUCACUCUGUAUUAAUCAAUUUCUUGUAUUGUUCUCUGGGCAAUAACUGGAAAAUGCAGUAACUCUUAAAAUGAAUUAGAUCUACACUAAAAAGUUCUGCUAAGAUGGCUUGUUCUGGUGUCCUUAUUUGGUAGCGUGCAUGGCUAGUAUAGAGAAGGCGUUUGUUAUUACAGGAUUUUGACUAGCAAUAUUACAGUAUGAAAAAAAAAAAACAUGCAAUCACACUGUUUAACCAUCACAGCCAAAACACAGCGCACUUAACAGUAAAUAAAUCUGUACUUCAUCACAAUUCCUUGAUUAAAUCAGACAACAAUAUAUAACAUUGUUUAUACUAAAGACAGUGCCUGUAGAAAAUCAUCACACCCCUUUGGAAUAGUCACUUUUUUUUUUUUCCUGUCUAACAUCCUGAGACAAAAAUGGAACCUUUUGGACUGAACUCCAAGCGCUAUAUGUGAAGAAAAAACAAACACAGAACAUACCACACCUACUGUGAAGCAUGGUGGUGGUAACAUUAUGUUGUGGGGGUGUUUCUCUUCAGCAGGGACUGGGCAAUUGGUCAGGAUUGAAGGAAAAAUGGAUGCUGCCAUGUUCACCCAAAUUCUUGAGGAAUAUCUGUGGCCCUCUGCUUGACAACUGAAGAUGGGCAGGUGGUUCACCUUACAACACGACCAUGACCAUAAACACUCCAUCAAAAAAACAAUGCAGUGGCUUAAGGAUAGGAAGGUCAAAGUCCUUGAGUGGCCAAGUCAGAGCUCUGACUUAAAUCCAAUAGAAAACCUGUGGAUGAACUUAGAGGGAAUUCCUUCACCUCUCACCCUGCAAUUUGACUGAACUCGAACAAUCUGCACGGAACAAUGGGCAAGUAUUCCCCAAUCUAGGUGCAUGAAGCUAGACAUAUUCAAACAGACUGAUGGCCGUCCUUAAAGCAAAAAGGUAGCUCUACGAAGUAUUAAAUCCAGGGGUAUGAUCACUUUUCAAACCCUUUUAUUCUAGUUUUUCCAUCUCUUAUACAUUUUUGGAACUGUUGCCUUUUUUUCGUUACUUACAUGUAGUAGGGCAAAAAAAGUGACUUUUCCAAAGGGUUAUGAUGAUUUUCUAUAGGCACUGUUUCUUUAUUAUCACCAUUUUUUUUAUGUUAAGAUAUAUUUCUAACAUACUGUAUUUAUUACUACUGUUUCAAGGAAAACAAACACUUAAGUUGUUUUUUUUUUUUUACAUUAUAAUGAUCAUGAGGUAUGAAAUCUUGCCUCUGGU